GGAGAAAGCGCUGCCAGAGGCGUCUGCCUGCCACCCUUCAUAAGCCGGAGAAGGCGCUCCAGAGCGGCUGCGGGAAACAACAAUGGGCAAACACAACAGUAAGCUGGCCCCCGAGAUGUUGGAUGACCUGGUGAGGAGCACAGAAUUUAACGAGCAAGAGCUGAAGCAGUGGUACAAAGGCUUCCUGAAAGACUGUCCCACAGGCAUCCUCAACCUGGAGGAAUUCCAGCAACUCUAUAUCAAGUUUUUCCCUUACGGCGAUGCAUCCAAGUUCGCUCAGCAUGCUUUCCGCACGUUUGACAAGAACGGUGAUGGAACAAUUGACUUCCGGGAAUUCAUCUGUGCACUUUCUGUUACUUCCCGGGGGAGCUUUGAGCAGAAGCUGAACUGGGCCUUUGAGAUGUAUGAUCUGGAUGGAGAUGGCAAGAUAACACGCUUGGAGAUGCUGGAGAUCAUUGAGGCGAUCUACAAGAUGGUGGGCACGGUCAUCAUGAUGAGAAUGAACCAAGAUGGGCUGACACCCCAGCAACGCGUUGACAAGAUCUUCACCAAGAUGGACAAGGACAAAGAUGACCAGAUCACCUUGGAAGAGUUCAAGGAAGCUGCCAAGAGUGACCCUUCCAUUGUUCUCCUGCUCCAGUGUGACAUGCAGAAAUAGAGGGGUCAGGGGCCUGGCAUGCAAUCCUGCCCUCCCCUCCCUGGCCUUGCGUCUUCUUACCCCUUCUUCUCAGAGCUGCAAACUCCACUCCCUGAGACAGGUUGGGCUUUCUCUGCAUGGCCUCUUCAGCCCAACCGAGUCCCCCCAAAUGAACCACCUACCAUUGACAACACAUACAAGUUCUUUUAGGCAAUAUUCUUGAGCCUUGCCCCAGAUCUCUAUCAGAGUUCAGUCUUUCUCAUCAUAUCUGCUGACCCAAUGUGUCCAGCGCCAGUCGUCUUUCCUUCCCCAACCAUUCAUUCCCCCCCUUUCCCCCUGAACACCAGACAUUCCCCAAGACUGUGCCAGCAAAACCUACCUUUGGUGGCCUGCCUAAAUCCAUGACUCUUGAUGCAAGAUCUUGUAAUCCCCAAAUUCUGCUUGGCUGCCCAACCUCUCUAGCAUUAGGGAGCCUUUCUUCCUCCUUGUGACCGGCAACAUAAUUUUGAGACAUGGCCCUUAAUGGCAAUUCUAGUGUGUGCUUAAUUGUUCUGGAAGCCU